GCUGCUGUUGCUGCUGCUUGCUAAAGCUCGACUCACUUACGAAUCCGAGAGCUUUUUUUUUAAUAAUAAUAAAAUAUCACGCGCGUGCGUCCAUAAACACACACGGAGUAUACAUCGUCGUCGGCGUGUCUGUGCGUGAAAACAUGGCCAGCAGAGUUUGAAAAGAAAUCAACGAAAACAGAAAGAGAGGAUGACGAGCGUCUUCUCGGGCAAGCUGUGGUUGGUGCGGGUGCGCCGCUGGGCACCGCUGUCGCCGCCGCCGCUGCUGGUGGCACUGCUCGUGCUGCUGCUGACGACGCUGGCGGCGCGCGACGCCGAGGCCAAUCCCGACGCCAAGCGGCUCUACGACGAUCUGCUCUCGAAUUACAAUCGACUCAUCAGGCCGGUCUACAGCAACAACGACACGGUCGUGGUGAAGCUCGGGUUGAGGCUGUCGCAGCUCAUCGACCUCAAUUUAAAAGAUCAGAUUCUGACGACCAACGUCUGGCUCGAACACGAAUGGCAAGAUCACAAAUUCAAAUGGGAUCCCUCGGAGUACGGUGGCGUGACGGAGCUCUACGUGCCGUCGGAGCACAUCUGGCUGCCGGAUAUCGUCCUUUACAACAACGCCGACGGCGAGUACGGCGUCACCACCAUGACCAAGGCCAUACUGCAUCACACGGGCAAAGUCGUCUGGACGCCGCCCGCCAUCUUCAAGUCGUCCUGCGAGAUCGACGUUCGCUACUUUCCCUUCGAUCAGCAGACCUGCUUCAUGAAGUUCGGCUCGUGGACCUACGAUGGCUUUCAGAUCGACCUGAAGCACAUCAAUCAGAAGCGAGGCCACGACAGCGUCGAGAUCGGCAUCGAUCUGCGCGAGUACUACCCGAGCGUCGAGUGGGACAUACUCGGCGUGCCGGCCGAGCGCCACGAGAAGUACUAUCCGUGCUGUCACGAGCCCUACAUCGACAUCUUCUUCAACAUCACUCUGCGUCGCAAGACCCUCUUCUACACCGUCAACCUCAUCAUCCCCUGCGUCGGCAUCUCCUAUCUGUCCGUCCUGGCGUUCUACCUGCCCGCCGACUCGGGCGAAAAGAUCGCCCUCUGCAUCAACAUCCUCCUCUCGCAGACCAUGUUCUUCCUGCUCAUCUCCGAGAUCAUACCGUCGACCUCGCUGGCGCUGCCGCUCCUCGGCAAGUAUCUGCUCUUCACCAUGGUGCUGGUGGGCCUGUCCGUCGUCGUCACCAUCAUCAUACUCAACGUGCACUAUCGCAAGCCCAGCACCCACAAGAUGGCCCAGUGGGUCAGGGGCGUGUUCAUCCGGCGACUGCCCAAGCUACUGCUGAUGCGCGUCCCGGACGAUCUGCUCGACGACAUGGCCGGUCGCAAGAUCUACGGCCGUAGCGGACUGCUGCGGGGCAGCCACUCGGCCGGCGGCAAGUCCGGCAAUCAUCUCGAUCAGAACAAUCACAGCGGCAAGAAGCAGCAGCCCAAGACGGCCUUCGAGGCGGCGGUCGCAGCGGCCGCGGCGGCCCAGAGCCAAGGUGGCCAGGGCGGCAACGGCUCGCUGCUGUCGUCGCCAGAGUCGCUGCGCGGCAGACUGGCGGCCGCAGGCUGCAACGGUUUGGUGGGCGGCGGCGGUACCCAGCCGCAUCAUCGCUUCCAGCCGUACAACGGCAUGCCCGUGCCCGGAGUGAUCACGGGGGUGGAGUGCGACUCGAUGAGCGACAUCGCCGCCAGGAAGAAGUACCCGUUCGAGCUGGAGAAGGCGAUACACAACGUCAUGUUCAUACAGCAUCAUAUACAGCGCCAAGACGACUUCAAUGCGGAGGACCAGGACUGGGGCUUCGUGGCGAUGGUCCUAGACCGGCUGUUCCUGUGGGUGUUCGCCAUCGCCUCGUUCGUCGGCACCAUCGUGAUACUGUGCGAGGCCCCGGCCCUAUACGACGACACCAAGCCCAUCGACAUGGAGCUGUCCUCGGUCGCCCGACAGAUGCUCAAUCCCAACAAGAAGCUGGAAAAUUUCGUGCCGCCGCACACGCGUUGAAGCGACCAACGACCCGUAUGCGGCACUGCGGCCCUCGACAUAGUAGUCGCAGUUUCCUCCCUAUCUCUCUCUCUUUUAUCGAGGCGAGAGAUCUAUCGUGUGUACAUAUUGUAUCGUCGAUAUAUCGCGCCGCGUCGUUCGAUCGUCAUUUUUGUAAUAUGUUACUCGAUGUAUAACGUUGACACGUCCGGAGCACGCGCGAACGCGACGAGUUUUAAUUGAAAUCAUCGUAAAUACACGCAGCGUGUAUAAAUUAGAUCAUCAUUACGAUUCCGAGUUUUAUCCUGCGGGUAUUUGCAUACAUGUGAUAUGAUAAAGCUCGAAUGGAGUGCCAAUAUUGCAAGCGAUCGUGUAAAGUUCUGUAAAUUUGAUACGUCAAAGUCUAAUUGUGUAUCUAUUUAUAAUUAUUACAUUAAAUGUUUUCAUUGUGUUCGAAGGAAUGAAAAUAACAAUCAGCAUCACGUGUUCGGGAAACAAGUUUUUUAUUUUAUUCUCGUUAUAAAUGAUAUUAUAUAUAUUCUAUAUAUAGAUAUUAAUAAAAAAAAAAUUGUACGCGAACAAGUUCUGUCGCCUUAAUAGUAGACUUUUUUUAUACAAUGGAAGAUUACGACAACAAUCGAGUGGAAUCACUGCUAAAGAAUUAAACUUAAAAACUAAAUAAACGCAUUUAAAAAUUAAUUAAAAAAAAAAAAACAAACAAAACCUAAUCAUG